AUGCACCUCGCGCGCCGCGUCUGCGACGUCCUGCACGUUGGCGACGACGAGCUCGCAGCGAUCAAGACCAUCGGCGACCUCAAGACGCUCCUCGUCGCCAAGCUCGGUGAGUCCGGCAUCGUCGCGCACGACGCCGAGCUCAAGUUCAACAACUUCGAACUUGGAGACUAUGAAGAGCUUGCCCCGUACGUGCCAGCGCUGGACGACGGUGGCCUGAGAUGGAUGCUGCGCACCGCGGAUGUGGCCACCGACGACGGCAGCGUUCCGAUCUUUGUCCAGCUUCCGUGCUUUCGCAUCGUCAAGCUCAAGAGCCCCGUCGUGGCGUAA